AUGUAAGUAAUUGAUUAGUAAAUUGAGCUUAAAAAUUUAGUUCUAGUUGAAGAAAUAUUUAUUUCUUUAUCUAUAUUAUCAAGCAAAUAAUUGUAAAUUGAUAUUAAAUAAAAGCCUGCUUAUUAUGUUGGCUUUGAGGCAUUUAUGGGUGAUGAUUGGGAUAUAGAAGAAGCUAAAUCAUGGACAGUUACUAAUACUUAAUGUCCUAAAACAAAAUAUUCAGUCACCCGUUGCGGGAAAACAUAAAUUUUGGGAGGAUACAAUUGCUUGGCAGAAAACGCAUAAAUAUCAAGGAGUUUUACUUUGCCUCACCACUGGUCUAUAUAUAUAAAAGUCACUUUCUGGCUGAUUGAUUCAUGGGACUCCGAGUAUUUAAUUAUGAAACUUGGUAACAUAGAGAUCAAAGAAUUAAGAGAACAUUCUCCUUACGAUGACAAUUUAUGCGGGGCAACAGGUAAUUGGGCAGGUUUAAAUAAAUAAGCAUAUUUAGAUAGAAAAUAUGAUAAAACUCUAGAAAAUAAUCCUCAUUAUGAAAGAGCUGUCACUGCAGUUUUUACUUCAAAUCUUGAUGGUAAAGCAGAUGAUGAAAGUUUUGGGAUUAAUAAUUUUUAGCUAUUAAUUGAUCCAUGUAAUCCUACUUGCAAUUAAUGUCUUUUGGGACCUGAAUCAUUUAAUUGCUUGAACUGCUGGGACAAUGCUACAUUCAUCAAGUAUAAAGAAGAUUAUAUUUUAUGCACAUGCAGCCCUACAGAGUUUUAUUAUGCUAAGAAAGGAUAAAAGUGCAAAAAAGAUUGCCCUAUUACAAGUUCUUAAUAAGGAUUUUGUAAAUGCAAUUAAGGAUAUUAUACAGUAUCUAAGAAUGUUCCAUGCAAUGAUCCAAUUUGUACUGAAUGCAAAAAAUGCGAUUCUACAUGCAAAGAUUGCUCUGGUUCAGGUCCCUAUAACUGCAUUACAUGUGCGAAUAAUCUUUAUAAGUAGACUUAUGCUGCUCCAGAUGUACCUUCAACUCAUCCAAACUAUGGAAAAACUAUUUGUUAAGAUAAAUGCUUAGACGAAAGCUAUUUUAUAGAUUAAGUUAGAAAAGAAUGCAUGAAAUGUCAUCCUUCUUGCAAAACUUGCGUUGGAGAUCUAUCUUAAGAGUGCUUAUCAUGCCCAGAUGGCUUUUAUCUUGAUGGAAAUGAUAUUGGAGGUGGAGUUUUUGUAGGUGGUUGUGUUUCUAAGUGCUCUUAAGGGUAUUAUAAGAAUACUUUAAAUAAAAAAUGCAUGAGAUGCAAUAUUAACUGUAUUGACUGUAAAGAUGAUCAACCAGAUUAUUGUACCGAAUGCAAAAUAAAACUUUUAUGGAAGGAUGGAACAUGCUAUUAAAAUUGCCCAGAUGGGUAUUGGAAUGAUACUCCUAACAAAAUGUGUAGAAAAUGUGAUUAAAAAUGCAAUACUUGCUUAGGAAGUCCUACUUUUUGUACAUCUUGUAAUGGGGAUUAUUAUUAUUUAGAAAAAUAAAAUGACUGUUUAAAGGAUAAAUGUCCUGAUGGAAUGUUUAAAUACAAAGACGCUUCCAAAGGGCUUAAUUUUUGCCAGAAAUGUCACAUGAAUUGCUUAACUUGUUUCGCUGGAGAUAUAGAUAAUUGUUUAAGUUGUGAUCCUGCUGUUGGGUUUUUGAAAGGGAAUGUUUGUGCUGCAUGUAAUUCAAAUUAAUAUGGAGACACAAAAGAUUAAACAUGUAAGCCUUGUAACUUAAAUUGUACAACUUGUGAAGGGCCUAAUGACGAUUAGUGCAGGAGUUGCUCUGGAUCGUUAUUUUUAAAAGAUAAAAAAUGUAAUCCGACAUGUCCAGAUUAAACUUAUCCAGAUAUUUCAACUCAUGAAUGCGCUCCUUGUGAUAGUACUUGUUAUAAAUGUUCAUCUGCUGGUCCAAAUAGUUGCAAAUCAUGUCCUUCUGGUAGAUUUUUGAAAGGAACUGUUUGUUAAACAACUUGCGAUAUAGUUGGAGAAUAUCCUGACACUACCAACAACGUUUGUGGUACUUGUAAUUCAGAAUGCUUAAAAUGUAAGGAUGGUACAAAAUUAGGUUGCAUAGAGUGUUCUUCAAGUAAAUAUUUACAGGUAAACUAGUGUGUUGACAGUUGUCUUUCUAAUUUGUUUGGGUUAGAGGAAACAAAGUAAUGCUUAGAAGAGUGCCCUUAAGGAUAUUAUGGUGAUUCAGUUAGCAAAAAAUGUCUUAAAUGUGAAGCAUUUUGCCCUAUUUGCAAAGCAUCAGGUUUUAGUAAUUGUGAGAAAUGUGCUGGAGAUUUAUUCUUAUAAGAUAGUUAAUGCCUAAAAUAGUGCAAAGAUGGUUUUUAUGCAGAUAAAACUGACAAUAUUUGCAAAAAAUGUCACGAUAACUGUCUAGAAUGCUAAGCUGGUACUGAAAAUGACUGCACAAAGUGUAAGAGUAAGCAGUUUUUAGGAUAAAAUACAUGUUAUACUAAAUGUCCUAACAAAUAAUAUGGAAAUUAAGUUAAUAUGAACUGUGUUUAGGAAUGUCCUCUUGGAACUUAUGGAAAUUAAUAUGAAAAUUUAUGUAGAGCUUGUCAUAGUAACUGCUCUCAGUGUUAUGGUUCUUCUUAUUCUUAAUGCUACAAGUGCAAUUUAGGACACUACUUGCUUGAUAGUACUUGUGAUUUAUGUCCAUCUGGAUAUUACAAAAAUGAUCAAUAAAGAACUUGUGAUCCAUGCUUUGAUAACUGUACUUAAUGUGAUGGAGGAUCUCCCUCAGAUUGCUUGAAAUGUGCCUAUGGCUAUUACCAUUUAAAAGAAUAAAAAAUGUGUGUAUCAACAUGUCCUGACCCUUACUACUCAGAAGAAAAUAAUCCUGAUUGCAUUCUUUCUUGUACUCAGUCUAAUUAAUAUCCCAAUAAUAUUACUAGAAAAUGUGAAAAUUGCAAUAUUGCUUGCAAAGAAUGUUUUGGAUCAGAUGAGUCCAGCUGCAAGAAAUGUUCAACAAACUACCUAUUUUUAGAAAAAAGAAAUAUGUGCACAAAAAAAUGUCCUUAUGGAUAUUAUGAAAAUUAUAUAACUUUUACCUGUGAUCCUUGUGAUAAAACGUGUUAAACUUGCUAUGGUGGAUCCCCAGAUUAGUGUAUUUCAUGCAGAGAACCUAAUUUCUUAUUUUAAAAUUAUUGCACUGAUACUUGUCCUCAAAAUUUAUAUAAAGACCUUGAAAUAUUAAAAUGUGUUGAAGAUUGCACACAAUACAAAUCAAAUAGAUUUGCAAAUUAAUUAACAAGAAAUUGCUAGUUUUGCCAUUCAUCAUGCCAAAAAUGUACAGGACCAACCAAUAAGGAGUGCACUUAAUGCACUUCUUCUCACCUUCUUCUUGGAACUAGUUGCUUAGAUACUUGUCCAUUAGGAUAUUACGCUGUCUAUAAAGACCCAAAUUUAAAGAAUUCAGAUUAAAUUAAAGUAACUGAUGAUUGUUAAAAAUGUCAUUAAAAUUGCGAGGACUGUUAUGGACCGUCUGAGAGUGAGUGUAGAACAUGCUCAAAAGGUCUUUAUACUUAUCAUGCUCCCUCAAUAGAAAAUUAAGGAAUUGAAAAGAAAACUUGUGUUGCCCAAUGUCCAGACCAAUAUAUAGUAAAUCACUAAAAUAUGUCUUGCGAAUUAUGUCCACCUUACACUUUUUUCGAAAAUGGAGUUUGCAAAAAUUGUCAUUAUUCUUGCAUUAAGUGCAAAGGACAAACCUAAUUUGAUUGCAUUAAAUGCACUUCUGAAAGAUCAAUUUAUAAUGAAGGUGAACCUUUAAAUGGAUAGUGCAACUGCAAAUAAGGUUAUAUGGAAACAUUUUCUCAUGAAUGCUCAUAGCUUCCUAUUAUAGCUACGUCUAUGAGUAAGUCUAUUUUUGUUUCUCUUUUGACUUCUUUAUCUUGCUCUAUCAUUACUGGAUUACUCAGCACCUCUGCAUUUUCUUUCCAUCAAUUAAUAGAAGCUUCAUAUUACACUGGUUAUCUUAAAUUUGCUAAUGUUACUUAUCCUUUAAACUUACAUUAUUUAUUUGAGAGUGUUUCCACAGAUUAAAGCAAUCAAAUCUUCGAAAAUAAAAGUUAAACUUCCACAUAAAUAAAAGACAAAUCAAGAAUUUUAAUAAGUAAGACAGAGUUGUUGCAAUCUUAAGAAGUUGGAGAAGCUCCUUAGGUGUGGAAAAAAUUCAUAUUCACUUUAGUUAUAAAUAUAUCUUCUUGGUUUAUUGUGCUCAUACUCAAUUUAGCAGUAAUUCAUAUGAAAGUAAAGUAUAAUUAGCAAAAUAAAUUAGAAAAAGUAAGGGUACUACUGUAGUAUACUCUUCCAAUUUAAGCUUUUUUAAGGACAUCACAAGAGGCAUUUUAGUUUAUCUUUCUCAGUGCCUAUUUUAGUGCAACUUUGGAUGUGUUUGGAUGGCUAAAUUUUGUAUACAUAUUAAUUACUAUGCUUGUAGUAUUUGGGAUUAUAAUCAAAUUAUCUUUCCUAUAACUUAAUGAAAAAAAAUCAGAUACUUCAGAUAAAGGAGCUGGAGAAUAUUUUAUAAGGGUGAAAGUAAAAAAAAAUAAAACUAUAGAUUAUCCCCAUCCUCUGAGAACGCUUUUAUAUUUUUUUAAAGACAAUAAAUUUGCUAGAAAUUAUUACACCUUAAUGCUACUUUUCAAAUUUUCAAAUGUGUUUGUAAUUGUUUUUACUAGCAAUAUUGUGAUUUAAAUGGUAAUUAUGAUCAUAACAAAAUUACUUUUUGUUAUUUACUUGAUUAUUUGCAAGCCAUUUAAAUAAAAAAAUUAUAAUUACAUCAAUAUUUUUAAUGAAAUCCUCUCUUGCUCUAUUCCUUUAACUAUUUUAAUCAUGGCUAAAUCUGAAGAAAAUGAAGCUAACUAUAAUGCUUUUGGCUGGUUAAUAUUUGUUGAAAUGAUCAUUCUAUUUUUGUUUAACUUUAUAUAUGCAGUUUUUGAACUUGUAAUGAUGCUAAAGAUUUAUAUAACCAAAAAACUUAAAUUCUCAAAAAGAUUUAUAAAAAUAAACUCAGAAAAAUAAUCAGAUUCUGCUGAUUAAUCAGCUGAUAACCAGUCUGUUUUGUUUGAAAAAAAUGUUUUAAAAAAUAUUUAAAAUGUCCCACUGAGGAUAGAAGAAAAAAAUGAUUUUGAUAAGUAAAACUCGCCUGUGAAAUAACAUACGAAGAAUAAUCACUUGAAAGUAUUGCAAAUUGGCUAAACAAAUUAGAAUCUACAGUCAAGUUGCUAAUCAAUAGAAGGUCCUUCAAUCCAAGCUACAGGUACAAGAAAAAACAUUGUUCAUCCAGAAUGUACAAUAGAGAUUGAUAAAUCCUAGUUAGAAAACUAAAAUCAAUCUUCAGUUUCUAAGUCAUACAAUUAAUAAGAAGGCGAUGAAGAAGAUUUCAAUCUAAAUUCAUCAAAUGUCAAAGCAUAGUCUAUCCUUAAAGAAGAUUAUGAGUAUGAUGAAAACAGUGAAAACAUGGGAUUCCCACUUUCAAUUUAUGGUAAAUAGCUGGAAUAAAAUCAAGCAAAAUCACCUUUGAAAAGAAAAAAAAGAAAUAAAAAAAAAGAUGAAUAAAAAGUAUAAUUUGCUUAGGAAUAAGAAGACAUAACAAACAAAAAGUCUUUGGAGAAUCAGACUAAUUCGGCAGAAGUUAGCUCUUAAAAUAAUACAGUAAAAUCUAAGUAAGAGGAAGAAGAUGAAUAGAAGUAGCAGCAUAUAUCUUAAGUUAUAGAGAAUGUUAAUGAUAAGUUAUUAAAAAGCAACAAUGGAAAUAUUCAACCAAAAAAUAUUACUGAAAGAACUUCACUUGAUCUAAUUAAGGUGAUUGAGUAAGAAUCUAAUUCUUGGGGAUUAAAGAAAAAACUAUCAAUAAAAUAAAAGCUUUAAAAAAUGUAAUAAAAUCCUUAAAAAGAAGUUAUUGAGGAUAUUGAUGAAUCUAAUGGAGAAAAAGUUAUCACAUAAGUUAUUACUAAGUAAAAGAGUGAUAGAAGUAGAACAAGUGAUAUAGUUUUAAAUUCAAGUAAAAGGUAAAAGGAAGAUAAUUCUUUGAAAAUAAUAGAAUUAAAUUAGGACUAGAAAUCUAAUUAAGCUCAGCAAUAAUAACAAAUUUUUGAAGAAAAUGAGAUCAAAAUUAAUUCAUAAAAAUAAAUUUAAAACUAAAACAAAAAUUAAAAAAAUUAAAAUAUUAAAAACUCAAGUUUGAAAGAUUCAAAAUCUAGUAAAUUAAAUAAUGACAGUAAAAUAUCAAAUGAAAAUAAAAAAGACAAUAUAGUUUUUAGAAAUGAAGGAUUAUUUGGAGGCAUAAGCGAGUUUAAAAUAAAAAGGGUUGUUUAAUCUUAAAGUACUAACACUAGUCCUUUGAAAAAAGUAGAUUCUAGACUCAAAGAAGAUAAAGAAGAUGAAUCUAAGUCAAUACUAGAUUUUAUUAAACAGAAAGUUAUCAAAUAAAACUUGUUUAAAGAAUCAAAAUGA